AUCAUGGCGGCAUGACUUGCUCCUGUGAGUUGUAGAUACAACUUCUUGUAUUUAUUGAUUUGUUUUAUUUUCCUAUACUGGACUUGUACUCCUGGCACAGAUAGAUCGCGUUUUCUCUGUAAAAGAGCUUUGGAGGCAGUUUGUUGAUACGCUCUCUCAGCUCUUGCGGGGUCGGGAAUGACGUCCUGUCCCUUGAUUUGAUCACCCUUGCUAUCUUUGCAUGACUGCAUGCGACUUCCUGUGCCUCUGAGGCGGCAGUUUUAAGUGAUCUUGUUUCCUAUCUCUUGUCUAGCUCACAUUGUUUGGUAUUGGAGGUCUGUUUCUGUGAACCUCACGAGUAUCCAACAUCCAUCCACCACACACUCCAGACAUGAACAACGUCGACCUGGGCAGCUACAAGCGCAUAGUACAAUAUUUCUGGGACCCGGAGCCAAAAAACGACGAUGAGACCGGUUCAUCCAUAUGGUGCCUCGGCCGGGAAUAUGCCUCACCGUCACCUCCAGCCAAGAAAGCUGUGAUCGCGAACGACUCAACGGGCAACGGUACCGCACCCACGUCCGGCCCUCAAUAUCCUACAGAGUCCGAAAUCCCGGCCCCUGUAUGCAAGAUCAGCGACAGGCCCGAGGAUGCUCACACCGGCGCAAGAUCCGACGAGGGAAGAGACAACGGCUGGCCAGAUGCCUUUCUCGAUGACAUGGAGUCGCGUAUCUGGCUCACGUACCGCUCCAACUUUCCCAUCAUCCCGAAAUCCGAGGAUCCAAAUGCCCUAUCCUCGCUGACACUGGGCGUGCGCCUGCGGAGCCAGCUCAUGGAGUCACAGGGGUUUACAUCUGACACUGGAUGGGGUUGCAUGAUACGAUCCGGCCAGAGCCUUCUCGCAAACGCAUUGUCACUCCUGUGGCUGGGACGCGACUGGCGUCGGGGUUCUCGAUCCCAAGAGGAGAGUAGACUACUAUCGCUCUUUGCAGACCAUCCCAGCGCACCCUUCUCGAUACAUCGCUUCGUACAGCAGGGCGCCUCCUCAUGCGGCAAAUACCCAGGAGAGUGGUUCGGACCCUCUGCAACUGCGAGGUGCAUACAGGCAUUGUCAAGGGAAUGUCAUGACGCUGGCUUGAACGUCUAUGUCACAAGUGAUACCUCAGAUGUAUACGAAGAUAAAUUCAGAGCAAUCGCACGAGGGGACUCUGGGAAUAUCACCCCGACACUGAUCCUACUAGGUCUUAGACUGGGCAUUGAUCGCGUUACCCCUGCAUAUUGGGAAGGGCUCAAAGCCAUCCUGCAAUAUCCGCAAUCGGUAGGCAUAGCAGGGGGCCGACCCUCAGCAUCUCAUUACUUCGUUGGAGUCCAGGGGGAUUACUUCUUCUACCUGGAUCCCCAUCAUACUCGUCCUGCCCUUCCAUAUCAUGGGAAUGAUACAGCCUACAACAAAGAAGAACUAGACACUUACCACACCCGCCGAUUGAGAAGACUGCAUAUCAAAGACAUGGACCCGAGCAUGCUGAUUGGAUUCCUUAUCAAGGACGAGGAAGACUGGGCUGACUGGACCAAACGCGUCUCAUCUGUCCAAGGAAAGCCCAUAGUUCACAUCUACGAUAGUGAAGCAGUGUCGAAUCACCCCUAUGAACGAGAGGGCGCGUUGGACGAGGUCGAGACACUCGACGAGGAUGACGAGGAUGAAGAGGAUCAUUCGCAAGACGGAGAUCCGGUCCCAACUUGAAGGGCUAGAUAUCAGGCGCAGGCGGAUCAAGAAAUGCAGUAAAACAGAAAUACCCAAAUAUUUGCAGUAGCCAAUUCAACAAUUGAUUUCAUGUCCAGAAUACAUAAAUCGUGCACUAAAGUGAGUUUGAUUUGGAGCUCUAGAAAGGCAGAACAGAGGACCCUAGUUAUGUUACACCCUGUCCACCUUUAAAAUUGCACCCAUAAAGACAUUCGGCCCAUGAAAUAACAGCCGUCCCAUGACACAUUAGAGAUCCCACUAAC